AUGGAUACUGUUCGCCCAUUUAAACAAGAAACAAAGACCACAUUUGCAAAGCUUUCAAAGAUGAUAAAGACAAUUAAGGUUGCGCCUUACAAUAAACCGAACAAAGAAAACGAUGCUGGGUCAGAUGCCUCUAGUAACGAGGGAAAUACAUCGUUCAGCAAAAACUUACGGGAAGUGUUCGUAAAGUAUGCAGAGAUCGCCUCUAUGAACGGCGUUAAUGUGAUCAAUACGGCCAAAAACUCUAAAGUCAAAGUCAUUUGGUUGUUGCUGCUGUUAACGACCAUGGGGUUCAUGGCCUUCCAUCUUAACAUGUUAAUGAACAGGUUCUUUGUACGUCCCACUCACACUUCAGUGGAAUUGGACUUUAGUGAGCUGCCGUUUCCUGCUGUUACUGUCUGUAAUGUUAAUGUUAUGAGGUGGUCACAGGGAGCGUAUGUUAGUCAGGAGAUGCAGAAUAUCCUAGAAAACAUGUGGCUGGAAGAUCCCACAAAUAACAAUGUUGACACCAGCACGGAAGACCUCUCUACCACUGAAGAUCCUUCGGAUAACGAUAACACAACCGACAGGUCUACGCCAUCUUACGCAGCUGACACGAAUGAGAUUCCUAAGACAUGGGAACAAACAGCUAAAAAGUCAAAUUUCUCGGCAAAUCUGGAGAAGUUCUUCUCAGAGUUCAGCAAACUUAACCAAUCCACGAGAGCUAUGAUCGGCCACGAGAUAAACAGUAUGUUGUAUAGAUGCACAUUUGCAGAGAGGAUCUGUGAGGCAAAAGAUUUUAUACAAAGAUACUCGGCAACUUAUGGGAACUGCUACACAUUACAGAACGACAUGUUAACCGUCAAAAGUAGUGGUCCAAGUGGAGGGCUGGAGCUAACUUUAUUCCUAGAGACGGAUGAAUACCUACCAGGUAUCACCAGUGGUGAGGGGGCUCAGGUGGUGAUACACGAGCAGGGGACAUUUCCUUUCCCUGACGAAGAAGGGAUUGCUAUAGCAUCAGGGGCUCAAACUCUGAUAGGAUUAAAACAGAGCAGCAGUGUGUUAGAGAAAUAUAUUCGGUUGUUUCUAAUAAUGACACAAGUUGUGACUGCUCAAGUCCUUGCAGGUAAAAUUGUGCUUGUAAUACAGGUGUUGUCUGAUGUUGGUGGAUCCAUCGGACUGUGGAUCGGGUUGUCUCUCUUGAGCCUGUUUGAGCUCCUACACCUCAUCAUCGAUGUUAUUGUACUGGUGGUCAGACACAUAUCCAGAAAAGAUUAG